CAUGGGUCAAACCUCUGAUAGCGCAACUGCAUGAGGAAUUUUAUUGUGUUUUUAUAAAAUUUUUAAUUCAGUAUGAAAUCGAUUUCGGCAAAGUUAAAAUAAGUAAUUAUUUCUUUUUUUUCAGGUUUGAUCCAUGGUUUUUCAACUGAUGACGAUGACAAAUCCCUACCAUCAUUUGGUUGACUCAAAAUGAAAAUUGAAAAUUAUUUUUAAAAUGUAUUGUGAACAACAGCACUUGGUCCAAAAUAGGAUGUAAAAAUCAGUAGUUGGUAUUUUCUUUUAUUAUUAUUAUUAUUUUUAUUAUUAUUAUUAUUAUUUUUAGCACAACAGGCAAUGGCGCAGACGGCCGCUGCUGCUCAAUCUGCCCAAGCAAGUCAGGCUGCCAUGGCUGCAGCACAACAAGUGGCUGCUCAACAAACAUUAACCAAAGCUGCUACUGAUGCAGCAAAUGCUGCCACAACAGCUAUGGGUUUAAUGGGAGCUAUGGGUAAGUACUACUCAUUUUACUGCAUUUGAUAACAACAUCCUUUCAUUGGGUCUAAACGAUUAUGUUUACUUUAGGUACAAUGGGAGCUGCAGGGGGUGGUGCUGCAGCUGGCGGCGGUGGUGGUGGUGGUGGCGGAGGAGGUGCUGGAGCAAGUGUUGGAGACUUGGCAGGAGCACUGGCGGCUCUUGGUGGAGGCGGGGGUGGAGGUGGAGGUGGUUUUGGAGCAUUAGCUGCUCUGGGUGGUGCUGGAGGAGGAGGAGGACUGGCAGGUGGGGGGCUCGGGGAUUACGUUGGUUCAGGACCUUAUGGUUCUGUAUCAACUAUGAGCGGUUCGAAUCAGAAGAUCUCAGCAGGAUUAAACGGACCAGGCUCUCCCGCUGCUCAGCUUAUAAGAUCCUUCUCUACAGCAUCUAUGGCUUUCCCAGCUGGCUCCGUUGGGGCUUCUGGUGGCGCUUUUGGUGGAAUUAGUUUGACUGGUGUGAAACGUGGUAGCUUGCAUCAAGAAUUUAACAAUGGGACUGUAGUUAGAAAAUCUAAAAGGACUGAUGUGAAUACUUUGCAUUUAGUCAAAGAAAAGUCUAAAAAGAAACCAAAGGGGAAAGGAAAGGGAAGGAAACGAUCGUAUAUUGAUUUUGCGGAUGUGAGGCGUAAAAAACGACGUAAAAAACACAACAUUACAACGAAACGGUACAACUCUUCCGGCAGUAAUAGUAUUACUGCUGUUGAUGGAAGAGGACUUGAUUCUCUGACAAACAAAACGAUACUGAGAUCUGGUGUCAUCCGCGAAAUUUACAAAGGACUGGGUUGGAGGUCACAAGAUUUAUAUGGCCUGGUGACGAGUCCGCACUAUCCCGAAAAACCCGAUGCUAGAAGCGUGCUACCACUCUUCGAUGCUCCUGAAAGAGUUGGCCAAGAUUACGGUCAACGAAUGUUCGGAUGGUUUCGUGCACCGGAAUCUGGUUAUUAUGUGUUCUACACGUCAUGUUCAGACUCGUGCGAACUUUACUUCAGUCCUGAUGAGCAAGAGAUUAAUAAAAAGAAAAUCAUUUCACAAAUGUCACCGUCUGCACAUAACCAGUUUGACUUAAAUCCUGAUGAACAGUCAAGCGGCGAAGUGGAAUUGCAGAUGAAUAGAACUUAUUACAUGGAAGGCAUUGCGGUGAAGCACGGCGAAGGAGAUGAUCACUUCUCCGUAGGUGUUCAGUUACCAAGUGGAAGAUUUGUGCGACCCAUCACUGAAGAUUUUAUACAGCAAACAAGACCACUACCUCAAUAUCUUGGAGCACAAGUUGUAAUGCGCCCACUUAUUGUCAACAUGGAACCACCUCCAGCACCUACAAUCAAUUUUAUCGAACCACCGCCCAUACAACCUGUGUUUCAGAGGCCUGUAUUACAAGGCAAUUUUGCAAAACCAGUGGGAACGAAGCCUCUCCCAUCAAAUACAAAUAUAACAAUGCUACACCAUGAUGAAAUGCAUGGAGCUGGACACAAAAAACAAACUGUGUCAGGUUUGGAUAGACUUCAAGUACUUCGUUCUAACAUGCCGACACCGAAACAUAUUCGAAGAUAUCUAAGACAUCACAAAAUGAAACAUAAACGAAAAAGAAAAAGAAGAAGAAGAAAAAGAAGUUCCACUGAAGCUUCAUCUCAUGGUUUGAUACGUGAAGUUUAUACCGACCUGCCACAAGACUUAAAUGGCAUGGCAGCACUGAAUGCCAGUCCAAAGUUUCCCGAUGAACCUGAUGCAAGAGAUAGUAUUGAAGAUUUCGAUGCUCCCUUUAAUAUUGGCGACUAUUACGGUCAACGAAUUCGUGGUUGGUUUCUACCUCCUCAAGAUGGCGACUACAUUUUCUACAGUUCUUGUGAUGAUGAUUGUGAGUUGUUUGUUAGCAAAGAUGAUGAUCCUGUUAACAAAAAGAUGAUUCUCUCGCAAGAAGACUGGAGUAAACACAAUGAAUGGCAAAGACAUCCUGAUCAACAGACAUCAAAUGCUGUAAGUUUAAUAGCAGGUCAUGGCUAUUAUAUCGAAUCGUUAAUGUCUGAAUCCACUGGACGAGAUCAUGUAUCGAUUGGUGUGAGAUUUCCUGAUGGUAAAGUAUGGAAGCCUAUACCGAAAAGAUAUUUAAGUCAGAAGAGAAUCGUUACAUUUCCAUUAUCUUUCACUGAGUUUAAAACUAAAGAAGAAGAGGAAAAUGAACUGGAAGAAAAAAGAAAACAACGAAUCGAGAAAAGCAAGCAUUUGUUAAAAUACAUCGCUCAGCAGAUUGCAUCACGCGAAGCAGCAGAGAAACGCAGUCAAGAUCAUUUAAUACCAGGAAGAAAGGUUGAAUACGUUACCAUCUUAAAAAAUAUUCUUCAUAAGAUUGUUCAUACGUCAGACAGUAGCGCUGAAGAGAGAGUACAGAUACCCACUGGUGCCCACAUGUACAAAGUGAAGAGUGAGGAAGAAGUAGAAGCCAGUGUUGAUAAUCCACCAGGAUUAAUUCGUGAAGUGUACACCGGCAUUGAAAACAUCAUUAGCGGUGACAUACGAAGUCUUUACCACAACAACAAAUACCCAACAAAACCAGAUAAAACUUCCAUCAUACAAGAUUUUGAUACACCGAUGAACGUUGGAGACCAUUAUGGUCAGCGCGUGCGAGGUUACUUUCACCCACCUGCAGAUGGUGAUUACAAGUUUUUCAGUUCAUGCGAUGAUAUGUGUGAGGUGUAUCUGAGUAUGGACGAUAAAGCAAGUCAUAUCAGCAAAAUCAUAUCUCAAGUUCAACCGUCAAAACAUGAUGAAUUUGAUAUGUAUCCUUCAGAGCAAAGCUCGGAUCAGGUAACACUGCGAAAAGAUAAAUUGUAUUAUAUAGAAGCAAACAUGGUAGAUGAGCUUGGGGACGACCAUCUUGAACUUGGUGUGCAACUACCAAGCGGUCAGAAGUUGAUGCCCAUACCAAAGAUGAUGUUACGGACAGUAAGCGGUGUUGAUACAUCGAGAUUAAUGGUCGAGCCAUUGAACGAAAGACCGAAAAAAGAAGAAGAGAAACAUGAUGAUCAAACCGGCGCCUUAAGAAAUUUCCAUGACGUGCCAACAUCAACAAAACAACACGACCUGUCGAAUGAUGACCUGAAAAAAAUCUACACAAAGUAUAAAGAAAACCAUAUUGAUGAUGCCUCAUUUGAAUACAACGAUGGCACAAAACAUGAUCAAAAUUACAAACAAGCGAGUCCAAACAUUGAUAUUCAACCAUUCGCUAAGAUGUUACCGCGAGAGAGCGAACCUAUCUUGCUUGAUGUGGACGAUAAAUUUGAUUCAGGAAAUGCUGAAGAAUUAAAAUCGCUGAUCAAUGAUGACCAAGCAAUUAGUUUGAAACGCAAAUUCGGCGACUCGCGAAAAGUUGUGUUGGAUUUCUCAAAAGGGAAUAACCAAGCAAAAAUAAUCGUUUACGACUAUAACCCGCCGUCGAAACAUGUCGAUAAACGAAGCAAAAUGCGAAAAAAAAUAAUAAAAUCUCGAAUACACCGCCUUGCGAAUGGUACAAAAACGGAUUUUGUGAACCAUCUACACGAAAGAUCGAAUGUUAAACUUCAAACUCGCUUAAAACCAACCCCUGCCAACACCAGUAGCGUUUCCCAGAAUUACUCAGUUGGUGAUAUCAAGGAAGACAACUCGACUAAAAGAGGACUGAUGUUAACGCAGGGUAACAAACAACGCGGAAGCUUGCUUCCUUCGCCUGGUGUUAAUCGCUGGAUGUACUAUGAUAUUAUCCGCGAAGAAGAGCACGGUGAAACGUCCAUGGAAGCACUCUAUCGUUGUCGUCGAUACCCGGAUGAACCCGACGAAAGCGAUUCAUUGUAUAUUAUGGAUGCACCCACAGAUUCCGGCUACCAUUUUGGACAAAUGUUAUGGGCGUGGCUUGUUGCACCCAUGGAUGGUGAAUAUACUUUCUUUAGUGCUUGUGAUGAUUCGUGCGAUGUGUACAUGAGUCCAGAUGAAAGCAAAGAACAUCUACGUAAGGUUAUAUCUCAACGAAGAUGGUCUGAUCACAACCAGUGGGACAAAUACCCUGAAGAGCAAACAUCAAUUACUGUCCGAUUGGGAGGAGGGAAAGCUUAUUACAUCCAAGCCGUCUGCGCACAAGACAUUGGUCAUGAUAGUUGCAGCGUUGGGAUGCAACUUCCGAAUGGAAAGAUGUCUAGACCUAUCAAAGGAGAAUAUCUUUCUAAGAGUGUCUUGAGUCCACAGGGCGAUAAUCACAUCGUUCCAGAUCUUGCAGCAGCACAAACUGGCGAUCUAGGAGGUAUUCUCGGUGGUGUUGGUGGCAGACCGGGUUUGGGUGGUCCUGGAGGACUGGCUGGUACAUCGGCAGGCGUUACCGGAGCAUUAAGUGGAGAUUUAGGUGACCUCGGCGCACAUGGUACUGGUACUGCUAACGCCAAUGGGCUGGGUGGAACCGCUCAUGGUGGCGCAAUGAACGGAUUGGGGUCAGGUGUUUUUGGUGUCAAAGGUGCGGGUGGUGGAGCCGUGACUGGCGCUUUAGUCGGUACCGCUGGAAACACUGGAUUGGGUGGGUAUGCGGGUUCGACUGCACUCGGCGGACAGAUAGGUUCAAGUGGAGGGAUGAGUGAAAUUCAUCAAUCUGGAGGAGCGUACGGUUUAGGCUCGGCUGCUACUGGCAUAGGCUUCGGUGGAAUCGCUGCAAACUCAGGAGGAGGACAGGGCAGUCUUGGAUCUAUCAACGCUGCCGAUCAGUUAGGUGCCCACGGUGCUUACGACUAUGGCAUCGGACACAGCGGAGGAAAUUUAUUUUUGAACGGCGGAUUGGCUGCAGAACCAGUGGGUGGUGGUGGAGCCAUUGGUGGUGGUGGUGCUGGGGGAGGAAAUAAACCUGGUGGAGGUCCGUUUCUAGGUCCUGGAGCAGCUCCGCCUGCGCCUCCUGGUGGUAAAGGGAAUGGUGGUGGUGGUCAACUGCUGGGUGGAUCUGAAGCAAAGACAGAUGAAGCUAAAGCAACUGCAGCUGCAAGCGCUGCUGGAAUGAAAAUGGGAGAUAAACCCGACGACAUAAAAUUAUUGUUGAAGAAGUUACCCAAGACUAAAAGUAUGGAUUCCUUGCUGCAAAUUCAACCUGAUCGAAGAUUUGAUAGAACCGCCUCCCUAUCAUCCAACACUUCACUGCCUCCUUUACUCGAGCCAAACGAUACCCUUGAUAUCCAAAGAAGAUCCGAUCUCCUCCACGCUUUAUAUCAUCCUGAAAUACAAAGAUACUUAGCUCAUCCGGCCGUAAAGAGAUAUAUAUCAGAUCUGCGGAGAAAGGCAUCUCAAAGUGAAGAAGGUUUGCUGGUGAAUAUGACAGAUGAUGGAGAUAAAAUUGCUUUUUCAUUUCCUGAGCAUAUAACACCGGAACAUAAACACAUGACUAAGAUAAAAGAAACUAUCCAAGUAUUGAAACAGGCUGAUGGUAAACAUCUUACACCUAUAACCAAAUCCUCCUCCGCGGAGACUGCCAAGAAGCGAUGGGAUCAUCCUGAGCAUCACUAUCACCAUGAGAACGGCACACGAGAUGAUGAAAUGUUAUUGGCUAUCUCUCGUCUUGGUGAUAUGGUCGGUAUGAUGAAUAGUAAAUUGGAAACACAAAACUCCGGUGGUGGUGCGCAAUCAGCCGCUCUUCAAGCCAUGAUGCAACAACAACUGCAGUCUUCGUCGGCUUCUGCCAUGCAGAUGAAUAACUUGAGAAGUCAAGCAAUGUUGGCUGCUACUUUAGGUAAAAUUGAAGGAGCUAUUAGUGGUUUGGCCAACAAAGUGAAUGGAGGUGGCGGUGGUUUCGGCGGUGGAGGCGGAGGUGGUGCUGAUGGUGGUGGAAUGUCAGCGGAUGCUAUUGCUUUUGAAGCUCAGCGAAUGAAAUCACAAGCAAGAUUAGAAGAAACCAUGAAAGGACUUAGUAGCCAGAUAGGUGCCCUUGCUGGUAAAAUAGAUGGUGGUGGAGGAGGGCCAGCUGGUGGUGGUGGGGCUGGAGGUAGUUUAGGAUUGGGUUUAGCUGCUGGUGGUGGCGGUGCGGGUUUGUUGAGCGCUGGUGGACGAAAUCUUGCUAUGGCAGGUCAAAUGAAUGCACUAAGUGGAGGGGCUGAUCUGCCAGGUGUAUUAGCAUUAGGGAAAACGUUGUUUUCUCGUCAAUUAGCAAGUCAAAUUAACAAAGGUGAUGUAACAAGAAAGAAUUUGAUUACAAGAAAUAUUUCAAAAAAAAGUGGCAUCAUUCUUCCAAAAACAAGGUACAGUGACACAAUUACAAAGUUGAAACAAAACUCACAUGUAGUAUCUGGUAGCCGACGAAGUGAACCUGGCAAUGAUGAAGAAGAAGAACGGGAGAAAGAAGAAAGACAAUCCGAAAGAUUCAAUAAUGAAGGCGAAGAGAAAGAUACAAACAAAGUGAAUGGAGCUGAUUCUGUUAUGAAAGCAAUUGGUGCCAUGCAGUUGACUGGACAAUUAAGUCAAGAUACUGCUGCCAUUGGACCAUCACAAAAUGAAAUUGCUUCGAGUGUUGCAGCCGGCAUCGCUUCAGGAAUACUGUCUGGUGGAAACGAAUUGUUAAGCAAAGCCAAAUCAAACGGCUUGUUUGAUGCUGUUGCAAAAGGCUUUAGCAAAAUGUCAUCAGCCAACAUAGCUGCCAUUCAAUCAGCUGCUCAAAGAGCUGCUUCAUCUGUUAACGCAGCAGCUGAGAAAGGUAAAGCAGCCAUUGGUAAAGCAGAAGCCGCUGCAGGAGCCGCUGGAGGUGGAGGUAAAGCGGAAGAGAAUUUAGCACCGUCUUUUCUAAUUGGAAAAGCUGCAGCAAAUGCUGCUAAAAAUGCAAAACAAGGUUUGACUCCUAAAGAGAUUGCUACUUUAACUGCCGAAGCGGCGUUGCAUACAGCUGGUAUUCUUAGCGGUACAGGACCAGAAAUAGUCCAACCUCAGCCAAUGGUUCAUGAGUACCAUCAACAUUACAGCCACCCUAUACCUGAAUUGGUGCACGAUGCGCAUCAUCACUUUCAUGAUGACUUUAAUCCAAUGAUGAAAGAAGCGGUACACCAUAACUCACACAACCGUCAUGGUCAUGGUCAUAAUUUUCGCCAUGAAUCAAACCUAAAUCACCAUUUUGGCCAACUUCUUCACCACGGAUUUAUGAUGCAUCCUGGUCUUCUAAUGCAACAUGGUCCUUUAAUGCACCAUGGUGGUGGCCACAAUUAUUUUGGAGAUGAUGGUGAAUUUGAUCAUCAUACUCCAGUGAUAACGCAGUUUCAUCAUGAAGAUGAUGACAUUGGACCUGGUUGGCAUGACACAAGUACGAUGCAUACCGGCAAUGGCGGUAGGUUUGCUGAGGCACACCGUAAGAUAGACACUGAUGAAGAAAAUGAAGGCGAUCAUGACGAAGGAGAGGGAGAUAGUCAUGAUGCAGCUGAACAUGGUGAGGAAAACGAAGACCACAUGGAGACAGAUAGUCACGAAAGUAGUCACGAAAGUAGUCACGUGAAAGAAAAAGACACACACGAUAAAGACACACGUCAUAAGUCAGCAAUCAACAUGCCGAAUUUGAAUAAUUUGAACGGUUUUAAUUUACCACAUUUAUCAUAUCUAUCAAGUGCUGAAAACACACGCGCAGACAUUGGGGUGCCAAAUCAACCGCAGGUUACCGGUGGCACUCUUAUGAAAAGUGUUACUGACUUACCUGAGAUUUGGGGCACUGAUGACAGUGGACGUUACAAACAAAUUGAUCCGGCUAACGUUGCGAAAUCCGGAUUAAACAGUGUAGUUGAAAAUGCCAUUGAUCAAAAUAUUGGAGAAUACACAGGACCAACUGUCAAUGGAAUGCCAUUAACGCAAGGUCAAGCUGGUGCAAAGGCACCGGUAUACGACCUUGGUGUACCCAUGACACCAGGAAUGGGCUCGUAUAGGGCAGGAGGAGUAUAUGACGUUGCCAUGAAUCCAAGCGGUGGUAACAACGUUCAGUCGGGUGAAAUAAGAACACCGGUACAACAUUUAGAUCAAUCAGUAGAGAAGUAUCCACAGAAUACAGUGCAAUCAAGCCAACGUCAUGUUACACCGGGCAUGGAAUUAGAUAAAUCUUGGACUCCUGUUGACUCAAGUGUAUCCCACUUAGUAAAUCCAUCCGGAAGAGGUAAUGAUGAGCUUCGUGUGGAUGAUUUAUAUAAAAAUGAGAAAGAAAACCAUGACACGAAUGAAAUUUCUCAUUUGCCUAUCAAUAACGAUGAUACGAUAAAAAAUGAAAAUGAAAUAUUAAAAAAAGAAAUGUAUGUUUUGGGCGGAGCUAAAGACAAUCACCUUGAUGCACCAGCUGAAACGCAAUGGAAUGGUCCAGAAAUUACAGAUCCAACUUUGAACUCUGGUUAUGAAAAGGGCGAAGAAGAAGAAAAAGAAGAUGACCACGGCGCAGCAACAGAAAAUUCAGAGGCUAAAGAAGGAAAGGAAAAAAAUGAAAAUGAAAACGAAUCUCGUGAUGUACAGAACGAAGAAGACGCAACAGAACGAGAUCGUUCUUUCGAUACAAUGAAUUCAAUCGAAUCCGAAUCGAAUGCUCACUCGCAACAAGAUGAAAAGCGCAUUCUUGGCCUUAUGAGUGAUUUAAAAGAUAACCUAAGCGGACCAGAAGAUGACUUUAUAUCUAAAUACACAUCAGAAGACGGCGUGACUAAGGAGAAUGUUAAAAAAGACACCUUAUUUUACCCUAUUUUGAGCAUGCUGGAGAAAAGAAGGAAGCGAGGAAGACAUUAUAACAUACAUGGUGAUGUCGAUGCGAUGCAGUCAUCAGGUAAAAAAGCGCGAAAAUAUCGAUAUAUAGGCGAUAGUUCAUCAUACAAGCGGCGUUACUUGAAAUCCUUUGCAAACUUUAUUCAAGCUCUAUCAGACAUAGAUAGAAAAGCAAGUAGGAAAUUUGACGUGCCAUCGUUGUUUCAAAGAUUACCCAAAAAUCAUCUUGAUCAACCAAAUGGUAAACGAAAGGCGAUGAAGCGACGUUUAAGGAAAAAGUUAGAACUUUUAGUAAAUUCAUUAGAAACCUUGCCAUUAAGAACAGUAAAAAAAGACCUAUCGCCGGCUGAUUUUGAAGAUAUCAAAAGAUUUGCUCAAUCUGAUCAAAGGAUAGAUCUUAAAUGGAAUGAACUAUCUCGAAAUCAAGACAUUAAAUAUCUUAAAGAAUUACACGAUAGAUUCUACUCUCUUCCGCAUGAGUUCUUAUCGCUCAUACGGAAACAAUUUGACCACGAUAAACUAAGACAAAAGGAGAUGAAGGAGAAGAUGGCGAAAAACAUGAGAGGGAGUCGUAGAAGUUGGUAUGAUGAUUUUGUAAAAUACGGUCCUGAGAAAUAUGAAGAUACGAUUAGUUAUUCUCUAAAUGAUAUCAAGACAGACGAGCAUGAUGUGUCUCCUGAUCUGAUUUCAGAUUUUCAAAAGUUGCUCGAUCAACAAGAACAGUACAGAAAAUAUAAAGAGCGAAAAGAAGCUAGAAAAAAGAAGAAAAUAAGAGAAACGAAAAAGAAGGAAAAGGAAUAUGUGGGAAAUAACAAUUUCUUUAAUUUCGAGAAGUUGGCCAAAGCGUUACAAAGCAUGGCUGAGCAGGGUAAUUUUAGUACAAAUGGCACUUCAAGUGACAGUAAAAACUAUCUUGAUAAAAUAACACCAAAGUUUGAUGAUAUGACAAAUGAUACUUUCAGAUAUAAACCGAAGGAAUACACAAUGGAAGGAACAAGCAGAGGAGCAGAAACAUGGCCCGUGCCUGUAUUUAACCCAAAAGCUCCUCCCGAGGCUAGUAAGUCGGAUGGAGACAAUCCUCCUUCUGAACCUUAUGCUCAAGAUAAAGCCAUGGAAGAUGCUAUUAAGGAACCGCCUGCGCCUCCAGCGCCACCUCCGCCACCCGCAGCCCCGCCUAAUUUCGUUUCACCCUUAAAUAGUUUGUCUAGUGGCGAUUUAAAGAACGAUCCGAAUCAAUUGAAGCAAAUGAUGGCGAAAAUACUGAGCGGUGAAAAGUCCGGUGCUGGUAACUUACCGCCUCCUUCUGUAACAAACAGUGGUGCUGGUGCUAGUAGUGCACCGGUUGCUAAUCCUAUGCAAGGAGUGGAUCCACAACAAGCUAUUAUUUCCACACUAAUCACACAGUUAAAGACUAUGAUGUCACCAGAUGAUGCCGAAAAAUCCCAAAACACUGGUUCGUCCGGAAUACAGCUUUCGCCCCCCUCUAUUGGCUCGACAUACAAAAAUCCCACCUCUGAACCAAAGAAAGCGCCUGCUCAACCAGACCCAAGUGCGUUAGAUCAAUAUGUCACGCCAGAGGGGCCUGUACCAGCAGGCUCGUCAACAUCUGUACUCUCAGGCAAUGCCAUCAACGACUCUCCUAAUUCGUACAAACUUGUUGGAAAUGGAUUAGGUAAACCGGUACUCCAACCUCCAACUGCUUCCAAUGCAGUUAUGAACUUUCCCAGUGGUUCAACUCCCACUGGGACGGGACCAGCUGGGUCAGUAAGCUCUAAUCCAGUAUCUCCAUAUGGUGUUGGUGACUCUACGUCACCAGAAGCAACAGGAGUGUCACCGAGCGGCGGCAAAAUUGUGAGCAGUGGCUUUCCGGUGUAUUCUGUACCUCUGUCUCAAUCAGCUGUACAGUCACCACCACAAUAUUUCAGACCAGCUCCCGCCAAGCAAGGACCAAAUCCCUACGAAGUCCUUACAUCCGAUAUGAUAUUCCCAGGAAAUUAUUUUAAGCGAGACCAAUCCAUGGCCACAUCCAGUCCGGAUCCCUACUUUAUACUGAACCGUAACGAAGAAACAGUAAACGGACGUAAAGAAUUGCCUACCCCGGAGAAUGUUAAUCCAUUUGCAGCGAAUGGUAUGCACCAUAGUUUCAUCGAUCAGGUUCAAGAUGAGUACUACAAAGAAGGGAAUAGAACACGACUUAAAGAACUGGAGGAGGAGAAGAAAAAAAUGAGAGGAAGGCGAAAGAAGAGACUUCCGGUUGUUUUUAAAUACAACAAUAAUGACGAUCAGAUUGAUGUCAACAUGCAUGAAUGGAAUGAUUAUGAUUUUUAUACGGAUCAGGAUGAGCAUAAAAAAAUGAAGAAAGGACGAAGAAACGAAAUCGAAACUGAAAGUAAAUUGCAUUAUGUUUCCAAGAAAAGUGAUGAAAGUAACACUACGGAAGAAAAAGAGUUACAGGGACGAUUGGUUGUUGAAAGGAAAUUCUACGAAAAAUUUCAAAAAAAUGCCGAAAAUGAUAGUUUGGAUCUUGUUGGUAUUAAUAGCGAUACUUCUGCAUUGAACAACAAAAAACAGAAGCAGACACAUCAAAUCAAAUCAAACUCAAUCGAAAAGAAUAAUUCAAAAGAAGCCGAACCAGAAACUUCUGAAAAUGAAGAUUACAUAGCGGACGCAGCGGAAGACAAAAGUACGGCAGCCGACACUAAAGCAGUUAAUCCACCCAAAUAUGUGCCGCCCGAACCUCCAUCAAACGGACCAAACCCAUAUGAAAUCAUGACGUCAGACCAAUUGUUUCCAGCCAACUGGAACUUGAAAAGUUGUAUCAACGAGAACUGCAGACGUCAUCAUGUUCGACAACAUGGCGUCUCCAAGAAAACAAAUCAAAUCAUUUUGAAACGAUGUUCAAUCCCUAACUGCCAAAAAAGAGAUGUAGCUGGAAAGUAUACGUCUGAUGCUGCUUCAUCUCGUGAGUUUGACCCGGAUGAUAGCUGGCUUGAAGAUGUACCAGAACAUUACAAGAUCGCGAAUCAUCUACCUCACCGUCCUCUUCAUCCCUUCCGAUACUCUACUCCUGUUUAUACAGGGACACACGAAAACUAUGGUGGUUAUCAAGGGUCAGGACCUUAUUCUGGAGGUUACGCUAACGACCACCACUCUCAGUCAUAUCCCGCAGAACAUCAUGAGUGGCUUGGUCCUGCUGAGGGACACCCAACACAUUAUGAUGGUCCGAACGCCGAUCCCCAGCAUAUCGGUCAGCAAGGUCACUUUGGGGAACCUGGCCUUGGAGGUUCAGGACCGUACAGGGGUCCAACAGAACAACACCACGAUGAAGAGCACCAUGAGUUACCAGUCCCUGUCAUAAUAAAACCUCCUCCACCAAUUCAUGGGCAGAAUCCAUAUGAAGUUCUCACUAGCGAUCAAAUGCAUGAUGGGUAUAUCCAUGACGCAGCACAAAUUCAGCUUCAACAUCCAGAGUCUGAACACGAGCCUGGUCACCACAGCGGCCCCAUUUUUAAUGUGCCGACGACAAAUCGACUUACUUAUCCUGAUCUGUUUCACUACAGAAGGUGCGGUAAAGGGCAAAAGUGUCGAGUAAAAACUAAAACGAAAAUAAAUAAUCACAAGAGUAUGUUCGAUAUAAUUCGAUAUAAAAACGAAAACAAUAAAUUGCAGAAUAAAGGUGGUAAUUUGCCGAACAAAACAAAGAUGCGUCACAAAGGUGUAAAAAAAUUGACUAAUGUUAACGAAACGAAUAUAAAUCUAGGACAAAUAAAACCACGGAGAAAUUUUCGUACCACGGCGCAAAAGAAGUAUGAAUACAAAACAAUGAAAAACAAACCAGUGCGUCGUAAAAUAAGUAUAAAAAAAUUUGAUGCAAUUAAAGGGAAAACUUAUUUAAAGAAUCGUGCAGAUGUAGCACGAAGACAUUCUCUUGAAGGUGACGAAAAAUUCCCACACCUUCACAAUAAAACUAUGUUACGACAGAGCAAAACUUUUCACGGUAACAUCGCAGGCAGCAGUCCCGGUAACAUUGCGACGAAUACUUUAUUCUCAUUAAAACGCUCUUUCAUUGGAAGAUCAAAUGCGAAGGUUAAUCAGAAAUUUCAAUACUACAAUGCACCAGUUAAAACUGGGAUGCCAAGGACAUACGUUAAACGUUAUUACGUCCCUCCUGUUAGCUCAUUUACCCAGGCGUACAGUUCUUAUCCCUUUGUAACUCCAUAUGGUAUAACAAGACAUUAAGAACAUAUUUAGGAUAAAAUGUUUUUUAUAAUUUAAUUCUAUUGUAAAUAGUUUUUCUUUCAAAUUACAAUCUUAGUUACGUGUG